UUUUAAUAGCUGUCAUGGCUGUCAAUGACACAUUUCUCAAAUUUUUCAAGUUGCAAAAUUAUUGCUGAAUAAGUUUUGAAGCUGUGACAACUAAAAUUCUAGUUUUUAAAUAUUCCCAGAAAAAUGUGCACCUCGCAUAAAAUCGGUGACAUACUCUCUUCCACUGCCUUACACGAAAAUAAUGAGUCUCGUUCAGAAAAUCCUUCCAACUCCGACAACAAAUUCGCCAUCAUGGCAAGCUCAAUUCACGAAUUCUUAGAUUAUAUUUACAGCCUAUUUGCGAGGCUCGACAGCGAAAUCUUCAAACUCGUUUUUCAGGCAGAAAAUUACAACGAUGUCGGAGAUCUUUAUGCUGCUCUUAUUCUUACAAUCAUAUGGCUCGCAGUUUUCACUUUGAAUAACAGUGACUGGUUCCAUGAGGUGGUCUGUUUUUUUCGAGAUCUCUGCAUCGAAGCGAUGCACACAUUUGCGAAUGUCUUUCAGGGCAUUGUCAAUGUCAUUGGCAGCAUCACAUGUGACGAUGUGGAGGAUUUUGCAUCAGCAUGCAUCGUCGUUCUACUUUGGAUCGGAGCAGUCAAAAUAAUUUUCAGCAUUUUCAAUAAGAAAUCUGGAUUCAAUUCGUUCAAUCCAUAUGCCAUAACGGAUCCAAUGACGGGGAUGGUGCCAGGAUCUAACGUUGGUAUCAAACUCGAAGAAAGUUGCGCUCCAAGGAGAGGAGCGAGAAGAAGAGGAAUGCCUAGACGACGUGGAAGACGACGCUUUAAUUCACCUUGUCAAUGACGUCAGAGCCCUCAUUCCAACGAAAGUCAAGAGCUUUAAUUAGCGAACAAGUUCUGUGAAACAUGUCUCCGUCCGAUGUAAAACGUCUUUUGUAUUUAAAACUGUUUUGUGAAAGUUU